CAUCCUCUCCUGGUGUGUGCGCGCUUUAAAUAAUUUCCUUCUUUUUGGCAAAAGAAAUAAUGCACCUGACUGUACCAGGGGGAAGCAACCAGCCGAGCCGAACAAGGAACAGAUGUAAGAGGAAUAAAGGGAGAGAGCCAAAGAGAUGAGACUCGGUUAGAGACAUCCAGAGGCUGCGGAGGUGGCCGCCGCGGCAAGCAACCCGAGCUCCCCAGCGCGCGUGAGCUGCAGGCAGAGGACGGCUCACCAGUUGCAGGCGUAACCUGGGGAACUCCGGGGUCUGGAGGCUUAUUGGCCAAAGUCUUGGCUGCUUUGGCCCAGACCCUCAAGAGACUGGCAGUUACCCGCGUGCCUUCCCAAGCAGCUGGCAGAGAAAUGAGCCUUUCUGGGCGGAGGAUGGGCGAAGGGCGCCCGCAGUGGGGGUCUCGAGCCGGGAAGCGCCUCCCGCGCCCCGGGAGGAGAGGGUCACCCCGCGGGCGGCCGGGAGGCGGCGGUGCCGGCGCGCCGCGCUCCCUGCUCGGGCUGUUCGUGCACGCGUGGCUGUGGGCGGCCUCGGGCUCAUCUGCCCAGGUGUUCAACCUCAGCCUGUCCGUGGACGAGGGGCUUCCCCCGGACACGCUGGUCGGCGACAUUCGCGCGGGGCUGCCGGCGGCGCAGCAGCAGGAGGGGGGCGGCUUCUUCCUGUCCGAGGACUCGGACGACUCCCCGCUGCUGGAUGACUUCCACGUGCACCCGGGCACCGGCAUCAUCCGCACGGCGCGGCGCCUGGACCGCGAGCAGCGCGACCACUACAGCUUCGUGGCGGCCACGCUGCUGGGCGCUGUGGUGCAGGUGGAGAUCCGCGUCAACGACGUGAACGACCACUCGCCCCGCUUUCCCCGGGAGUCCCUGCGCCUCGACGUCUCUGAGCUCAGUCCGCCGGGCACCGCCUUCCGCCUGCCAGGUGCGCACGAUCCGGAUGCCGGGCUGUUUGGCACACAGGGCUACACCCUGGUGCAGCCGGUCCCCUGGCCGGAGGACCCCGCGGGACCACUCUUCCAGCUGCGCUACGGGACUCCGGGGCCCCCGCCGCUGCCGGCCUCCUCGUCGACCCUGGAGCCCCUGGACCUGGUGCUGCUGCGGCGCCUGGACCGAGAGGUGGCGGCGGCGCACGAGCUGCAGAUCGAGGCGUGGGACGGCGGCCGCCCGCGGCGCACGGGCCGCCUGCGCGUGGAACUGCGCGUGCUGGACGAGAACGACAACCCGCCCGUCUUCGAACAGGACGAGUACCGCGCCGCGGUGCGCGAGGACGCCCCGCCGGGCGCCGAGGUGUGUCGCCUGCGUGCCACCGACCGCGACUUGGGCCCCAACGGCCACGUGCGCUACCGCAUCCGCUCCCGGCAGGGAUCCGGUGCGGGGGCGGGCGGCGGGGACGGGGCCUUCUUCGCGGUGGAGGAGCUGAGCGGCGUGGUGCGGGUGCGGAGGCCUCUGGACCGCGAGGCACAGGCCUGGCACCAGCUGGUGGUCGAGGCCCGCGACGGGGGCGCGGAGCCUGAGGUCGCCACGGUGCGCGUGUCCAUCGCCGUGCUGGACGUGAAUGACAACCGGCCCGCCAUUCACCUGCUGUUUCUCACCGAGGGCGGCGCCGCCCGCGUCUCGGAGGGCGCCAGACCCGGCGACUACGUGGCUCGCGUCUCUGUGUCCGACGCGGACGGUGACCCGGAGAAGGAAGAGGAGGAGGCUGGGGAGCCCGGUGCAGGCAUCGGGAGCUCCAGCGUGUCGCUGUCCCUGGAAGGCGGGGAGGGCGCCUUUGCGCUGCGGCCCGGCGGCCGCCCAGGGGUAUUUUUCCUUUGCGUGGAGGGGCCCCUGGACAGGGAGAGCCGUGACCUGUUUGCCCUGCGCCUUGUGGCCACGGAUGCGGGGUCCCCGCCGCUGAGCACCGAGGAGACGCUACUGCUCCGGGUUGCAGACCUCAACGAUCAGGCUCCUGUCUUCAGCCGGGAGCAUUACCGGGCGUCAGUAUCCGAGGCCGCGGCCCCUGGCACCGCAGUCCUGUGGGUCAGCGCCUCGGACGCCGACGAGCCUGGCACGGAUCACGCGCGGCUUCGCUACGCGCUAGCCCAACUCUCGCCUCACUGUGCCGCGGAGGCUCCGCCGCCCACCGCAGAGUGCGGACCCUCCUUCACCAUCGACCCUGAGAGCGGAGUCAUCAGCACGCGCAGAGCCCUGGACCGAGAGGUCCAGGCGGCUGUGGAGCUGAGGGUGAUGGCCCAGGACCUGGGCGAGCCCCCGCUCUCUGCCACCUGCCUGGUGAGCGUCACCGUGGAUGACGUGAAUGACAAUGAGCCCGUGUUCCGCAGGCAGGUGUACAAUGCCACUCUGGCUGAGCAUGCUGCAGUCGGACAUUGCUUUCUGCAGGUGAAAGCCUCGGACGCAGACGCCGGGCUCUAUGGCUUUGUGGAGUACGCGCUCUAUGCUGGAUUCCAAAGCCAGGAAGCACCUCAUGCCUUCUCGAUUGACCCGCAGGAUGGGCGCAUCUGUGUUUCUCAAGACGUGGACAGGGAGAGGGAUCCAGCCACCUACGAUCUCCUGGUGAGAGCUAAGGAUGGGGGUGGGCUAAGUGCCCAGGCUUUUGUCCGUGUGGAACUGGAAGAUGUGAAUGACAACCAUCCUGUGUUUAACCCAUCAACGUACGUGACAAGCAUCAGCAGUCACGCUCAGCCAGGCACGGAGGUCAUCAACGUUCUCGCUACCGACAGGGAUUCUGGGAGUUAUGGAAGGGUGGCUUACGAACUCAUUCCAGGAGAGCUGUCAUCCCUCUUCACCAUCGACUCCACCACAGGAAUUAUUUACUCCACAUCAACUCUGAGUCAUUUGGAGUCCACCACACUCUUGCUGAUGGUCAGUGCUCGAGACGGCGGUGGGCUCACAGCUGCCACGAACGCUGACGUCACCAUCCACAUUCUCCAGACACCACUGGCUCCUGCAGAAUUUGAAAGGCCUCAGUAUAACUUCGCGGUUUAUGAAGAUGUGCCUGUGGACAGCCUCGUUGGGACAGUGAAGGCAAGAGAGCCCUUGAAUUCUUCAGAACCAAACUUGUACAGAAUUUCCUCUGGAGAUCUGGAUGGAACAUUCUCCAUUCACCCGUGGCUGGGCACGAUUCGCACCCAGAAGCCUCUAGAUCAUGAAGCACAGCCUGUGGUUGUGCUCACGGUCCAGGCGCAGCUGGGCAGCUCCGCAGCCUGCAGCAGCACGGAAGUCAACAUCACCGUCAUCGACGUCAAUGACAACCACCCCGUGUUUCCCAAAGCCUCGGAUGAGAUCACAGUACCGCAGACCACUGCUCCUGGCACAGCCGUGUACUUGGCGCGUGCAGAAGACAAAGACAGUGGGCUGAAUGGACUCAUCCGCUACAACAUCGCGAGCCCGAAUCCCGGCAUCUUCACCAUCCACCGGGAGCUUGGCGUGGUGCACCUCAGCGAGAGCCUUGCUGGCCACGUGCCGCGGAAUCACACGCUCACUCUCAGGGCCCAGGACCUGGGUGUCCCGCCUCAUGCAGCCCUGUUGCUAUUGACUGUGGUCAUAGAGCAGCCGCAACAAAGCCCACGCUUGGCUUUUGAAAACUUGGUCUAUCAAGUGGAAGUGAGUGAGUCUCUGUCGCUGAUGACUCAAAUCCUGCAAAUACAGGCCUACCCGCUCGGCCCACAGCCCAUAAUGUCGCAGGUUGUGUACUCACUGGAACCCAUCGUGAGCUCUGCCGUGUUUGGAGUCCACCCUUACACGGGCUGGAUUUAUUUGCGGCGACAGCUCGACUAUGAAUCUACACAAGCGUACACUUUCAGAGCCUUUGCCUGGAUCCCGGAGGAUAGAUUGUUGCAAAAUGUGAGCACUUCAGUAAUUGUUCAUGUCCUGGAUGAGAAUGACAACCCCCCCACCUUCUUGCAUGGUGUGUUGUUUUUGAAAGUUGAGGAGAGCCCUGCUCCCCAAGGGGUCCUAGGCAAAAUUACAGCAAUUGACGCAGACUCUGGAAAGAAUGGACAGCUCUCCUAUUUCCUUUUGUCUGAUGGAAAAUUCUUCAAGAUGAAUCCUAAUACAGGUGAAUUGAUCAGUUGGGUGGCACUGGAUCGUGAGCAUCAGACGCACCACCAGGUGACGGUCCUGGUGACGGACCACGGCUCCCCACCGCGGAACGCCACCAUGGCGGUUUAUGUCACAGUCACGGAUGUCAAUGACAACAGGCCCCUUUUCCCACAGUGUCUCCCUGGAGAAGAAUUGCACGUCAAGGUUCUGGAGGGCCAACCCGUAAAUAUGUUGGUCACAACUGUGUUUGCAAAGGAUCUUGAUGAAGGAAACAAUGCAGAAGUGAUCUAUUCAGUAGCUUCAGACCAAUCUGAUCACUUUAAGAUUGACGCCAACAGCGGUGAAGUAAGAACAACCAGGAUCCUUUCAUACGAUCAUCGAGCCUCCUACAGGAUGACUGUUGUCGCCAGUGAUCAGGGAGUUCCUCCUCUUCAGGGGCAGGCAGUUGUUAAUAUUCAGGUGAUACCACUGUCCACAGGGAGAGUUACCAUUGCUCAGAAUAUCAGACAUUUAGUUAUACCAGAGAACUUGAAGCCUGCCAAAGUGAUGAGCUUGAGAAAGCCCCCGGAUCACCUCCAGCAUCAUAAUGGAAAGUUGCAUUUUAGCAUCGCUGCAGAUGACAGCGACGGUCCCUUCGACGUCGACAGCACAACAGGAGACGUGUUCCUUGCCAAAGAACUUGACUAUGAAUUUAGAUCUCAUUACCUUUUCCGAGUGGUCGCUAAAGACUAUAGCAGGGACCCCAUCCCGAGCAGCACGGUCUUCCUCAGUAUCGACGUGGAAGAUCAGAAUGACCACUCCCCGUCUUUCCAGGAAGAGCUCAUUGUGAUAAGCGUGGAAGAGAAUGUCCCCAUUGGGACUCUGGUAUACGUCUUCAAUGCCAAAGACGGCGAUGGCAGUUUUUUGAACAGUAGAAUUCAAUACUCCAUUGAAUCCCACCACCCUGGAGUGAAUCCAUUCCUCAUCCACCCCUCCUUCGGCACACUGGUCACUGCAGCUGCCCUGGACAGAGAGAGUGUUGCCACUGUCACCCUGACAGUGACUGCGUCUGACCAAGCUGUGAACGUGACGGACCGGCGAGUGGCAUCCCUCAUUGCCAAAGUCGUGAUUCUGGAUGUAAAUGACCACAGCCCCACCAUUGUGUCUUCCCCUGUUGCCCACGUCAGAGAGGAUGCAGUGGUGGGCUCCUUGGUCCACCGUGUCACUGCUCGAGACCCAGAUGCGGGCAGGAAUGGAAAAGUCACAUACAGCAUCCUCUCGGGAAAUGAAAACAAGGCCUUUGCGUUAGACAAGUCAUCAGGCUUACUGACCACCGCCUGCCCCUUGGAUUAUGAAACUACAAGUCAGCACACACUGACCCUGCUGGCGCUGGACAAUGGCAUCCCUGCUCUCUCCUCCUCCCAGACCUUGACCAUCACCGUGCUCGAUGUAAAUGAUGAGGCACCAGUGUUUAAGCAGCGUGUGUAUGAAGCUUCAGUUAAAGAAAAUCAAAGUCCAGGUGAAUUUGUCACACGGGUUGAAGCUGUGGAUGGAGAUUCAGGCAUCAGUUCCAAGCUUCGGUUUGAAAUCAUGCCAGGGACUUCAUUUGACUCAUUUGAGAUAAAUCCUGACACUGGAGAAGUAGUGACAACCACGACGUUUGACAGAGAAGUUCAGCAAGUUUUCAUCCUUCGAGUACUUGCGCGGGACGGGGGUGUCCCUUCAUUGUCUGGCACCACCACAGUUCUCUGCACCAUUGAAGAUGUAAAUGACCAUGCCCCAGAGUUCAUCGUCCCCAGUCAUGCCAUUGAGAUUCCGGAAAACCGAGAGCCAGGGGUAGUCUAUACCGUUUUAGCCUCUGAUAUGGAUGCUGGCAAUAAUGGAGCUGUCACCUAUCACAUAAUUGGUGGAAAUACUGAUGGAUACUUCGCCAUUAAUGAAACAUCAGGAGAACUGUCAACCACUCAGGCUCUGGACCGGGAGCAUAUCAGCUCUUUCACCCUGGUCCUCCUGUGCUCCGACCUGGGCGUCCCCCCCAGGAGCUCCUCCAUGGAGAUGCACAUCAGGGUUCUGGAUGACAAUGACCACGGCCCUUCCUUCCCCACGCUCCAUUACCAGACCUCAGUGACAGAAGGUGCUCAAGUGGGGACGCAGGUCCUUGUGCUCUCUGCCGUGGAUGAGGAUGAAGGCCUGAAUGGGCAAGUGGAGUAUUUUCUGAUGGACGCAGCUUCUGGUGCCUUCACCAUUGAUCCCACAGCAGGCACAGUGAGAACCGGCCACACCCUUGACCGAGAAGCCAGGUCUCAGCAUACGUUCAAGGCAGUGGCCAGGGACCGUAGCACUCAGGGCUCAAGAAGCACCACAGUACUUAUCACUGUGUGUGUCACUGACGUGAAUGACAACGAUCCUGUUUGGGACCAGAACCCCCUUGACGUUUUUCUCUCCUCCUGGUCAGCUCCAAACCAGACAGCUGCCAUUCUGAGAGCCAAGGACCUUGACUUGGGGCCCAAUGGAACCGUCACGUUUGGCUUUGCAGAGACCCAGACAGUGUUUUCUAUUGACCACUAUACAGGAGAAAUUCAACUGCAGCAAAGUCCAUCCCCGGAAAGGUUUCCUAUGUGGCUGCAGUUAAGAGUUACAGAUCAAGGAGUUCCGAGCAGGACGACCACUGGUCUCUUGGUCGUUCACAUGGAAGGAGAAGAUGUCAAGAUUUCCUUCAGUGAGCAUCUGUAUGAAGGGCUUGUGACAGAGAAUUGUGAGGCAGGUACUUCUGUUGUGACUGUCAAAGCUUUGGCUGCUGACUCAAUUCAGGAUAGCAUUGAGUACUCAAUUUUUAGUGGAAAUGAAGAUGGAGUUUUCUUCCUGUGCUCCCAUUCAGGACAACUCACUGUCAAAGAUCCCAAGUUUCUCGAUUUUGAAGUCAGGAACGAAGUGCAGCUCAUCGUUGUAGCUGAAAGUGGUGGGCAGAGAGCGUACAGCAAAGUUGCAGUCUUGAUACAGGAUGUGAAUGAUAACCUACCCCGCUUUGGGCAAAGCGUUUACCAGGCAUCGGUGUCUGAAGGCCAGAGCCACAAUACUCAUGUCGUACAGGUUUUUGCUACUGACCUGGAUAGUGGGCUGAAUGGCCUCCUUGAGUAUUCUCUCGUCUCUGGCAACCAUGAAGAGGUGUUCCAGAUCGAUGCACUCAGUGGUGUGGUGACAACAAGGGUGGUUCUGGAUUAUGAGAGCAGCAGCUCCUACAGCUUGACUGUGCAAGCCACAGAUAGAGGGAUGCCCAGACUUUCAGCCACAUCUAUGAUCAACAUACAAGUGACUGACAUAAAUGACAAUGCCCCGUCUUUUCUCAUCUCUGAAGCAGUGCAAAUUGCAGAAGAUUCUUUGCCUGGUCUGAUUGUGUCUCGGGUAUCCGUUCAUGAUGUGGAUUUGAAUCCAGCUUUCGUCUUCAAUUUCGCCAACGAGAGUGAUCCUGGAACCAAGUUCGCUAUUGAUCAGACCACUGGAGACGUGGUGCUGGUGAAAACUCUGGAUUUUGAAGAAGCUGCUAAACAUGAGUUGCUCAUCCAAGUUUCCGACUGGGUGCACCUCACAAAGGGAGCGCUCACGGUCCAUGUGUUGGAUGUCAAUGACAACCCCCCGAUAUUUUCUCAAGAUUUCUAUCAGGUCACAGUUCCUGAGUCGGUGCCCCUGGGGUACUCAGUGCUGACUGUGUCCGCCACAGACUUGGAAAGCAAAGAGAACAUUUCUUACAGGCUGCUCUCCUCCGCUGAGGAAUUCGCAAUUGACCCAGUGAAUGGCACAAUAUUCACUAUCCGUCCUGUAUUAAUUCUGGAUGGAAUAUCAACUAUUCAAUUUCUUGUUGAAGCCAGUGAUGGUGGAAUUCCUAACCUGAGGGCUUUCACAGCAGUGGAGGUAGAAAUUCAAGACACCAAUAACCAUGCCCCUGAGUUUACAGUGGAAUACUAUAAUCUUAGCUUGAGUGAGGACGCUCUGGUCGGAAGCACGCUUGUCACGUUCUCAACCAUUGACCGAGACUGGACCCGGGAAAACACGUACGUGGAGUACUCCAUCCUUAGUGGGGAUGCACAGAACAGUUUCCACGUGGGAACGAGUUUCACUCACGCCGAAUAUCCUUAUCAGCAAGUUGGUCACCUCGUCUUGCAUCACAGUCUAGACCGGGAAGCAGCUGCCUCUCACCGGCUGGUCAUUCUUGCGUCUGACCGUGGCUGCCCUGCGCUGAGCGCCACAGCCGUCGUAUCAGUAGAAGUCCUGGACGUCAAUGAUAAUCCCCCCGAAUUCAGCAGUCUGAAGUAUCACGCCCACGUCAAGGAGAGCACCCCUCUCGGGAGUCACCUCACAGUGGUCUCGGCCGAUGACGCUGACGUCGGUUCACACGCGAACAUCGUCUACCGUAUCAUCUCUGGAAACGAGAAGGGACAUUUCCGCUUAGAAGAUGAAACGGGGGUUCUCUACCUGAUGAAACCCCUGGACUAUGAAGAAACGAUCAGAUUCACUUUAACUGUCCAAGCUUCCGAUGAGAAGGAACAUUUUUCUUUUGCCGUCGUGUUUAUCAACGUCCUAGACGAUAACGACCACGCGCCUCACUUUCUGCUCUCAAGCUUGCACUGUGUGGUUCCGGAAAACCUGCCCGUGCCCGCCACCGUGUGCUCCGCGAAUGCUUUGGAUUUCGAUGCGGGUCCCUACGGGGAGGUGACCUAUUCCAUCGUGGCACCUUGUUUUGGCGCUCACGGAGCGCCUCCCGGUCAUGGCCUCUUCCUCAUUGACCCUUUCACGGGGGACAUUCAUGCUAAGCAGGCCGUCGAUUACGAAAACGGCAGUAAGUACUGCCUCACGGUGGAGGCCAAAGACAAAGGCGACGCCGCAGCUUCCAUGACAGUUUGGGUGGAUAUCGAGGGGCUAGACGAAUUCGAACCCGUUUUCACCCAAGAUCAGUAUUUCUUCAGCCUCCCAGAAGAGAAGGAAGUGAGACAGCCGAUUGGCAGAGUGGAGGCCUCAGAUGCAGACGCUGGCGUCGAUGGAGUCGUUCUUUACUCCCUUGGGACGGCUUCUCCUUUCUUUUCAGUAAACGAAACUACUGGAAGUAUUUAUUUGGUGAGAGCCAUGCCCCUCCUCAGAAGUCAAGUCAGCAAAGACGACACCAUGGAACUGAAAAUAAUCGCUCACAGCCCCAAGGCGGACUCCAAGUUCGCGUCGUGCACAGUUUUUGUGAACGUGUCUUUUUCCCCUGCGGGGCAGCACUCCGCAGUGUCCCACGGCAGCUUCUCCAUCAGCCUCGCGGUCUCCUUCUUCGUGUUUCUGUUACUCGUCUGCACUCUGAUUGCGCUGACUUUAAGACACAAACAAAAAGACGCAGUCACCCAUUCCAGGGAGAAGAAAACAUCACCGUCCUUAGAUGCCACGUUGAGGCUGACGGGGGACGCCAGCGUGUUCAAGGCCUUCCACGGUGCCCAAGACUGUGGAGCUGAGACGGGACCUGCGGACCCCACGCCCGAGUGGCUGAGCUUGAUCAGUGUCAUGGAGAAGGACAUGGCCACCCUGUACAGGCACUCCAACUCCAGCGGACACUGCUCUGUGGAAGGAGAGACGGCAGAGGAUAAGGAAAUCCAAAGGAUCAAUGAGCACCCUUACAGAAAGGACUUGGACUCAGCACUGGGUGACAGAGAGUCCAGGGUGCCCGACUCGGGAAUCCCCAGGGACUCGGACCAGCUCUCCUGCCUGUCUGGGGACACCGAUGUGAUGGUCACGGCCGAAGCCACAGAAAUCAGCCACCUGUCUGAGGGCAGAGAUGGGGGAGGUGACGGCAGCACCCCCUGUGCCCAGCAGAACGUGUUACCCCAGACCCUUCAGAGGAGAGAGGCCAAAAAGGGCAUGCCAGUGGAUGCCAGCAGAGACUCUCUGGUUAUGUCAGGUGACCAGGAAGCAAGAGGGUCAGCUCCUCCAGCUCCGAGAACAUCUGAUGGCGAGGUCAGGGGCAACUCCACCUGGGACUGUCUCCUCAGCUGGGAACCCAAGUUCCAGUCCCUGGCCUCAGUAUUUAAUGACAUAGCAAAACUAAAGGAUGAGCAUUUGCAUACACCCAGCAUUCCAAAGGAGAAGAGAUCUUUUGUUUUCCCACCGCCUUUGAUAACUGCAAUAGCCCAGCCUGGGAUUAAGGCAGUGCCACCCAGAAUGCCAUCUGCAGCUGCAGGGCCGCUGCUUCAGAGGUACCCCCGCUCCCCUCUUCUCUACCACCUCGGCUCUCUGCCAGAGGCCAUGACUCCCAGCUUUUCUCCCUCGCUUUCCCUGUUGACCGUGCAGACCCCGGCCACGUCGCCACUGCUGUCAGAUGGAGGAGCUUCAGGAGCACACGUGAGCGGGACCUGCCAAGAGCUUACAGCAGAAGAUGAAGUCCAAAUAUAAGACACUUGUGACAAUGCACCUGCUCCCCAAUGGCCACGAGUGACUGAACACAACAUGCUCAAGCAAGCUUAUUCUCCAAAAGCAAGCGAUACGAUCUAGACAGGGUUUUUAAAGUCUCCCAUGUAACGUUUCUCAAAGCUUCUCCUAGCCUUAAUGAGAAGUUAUUUUCUCCUUGAAUCUUUUAUGUUUUCCUCUCAGGACUCACAUCUGUGGCUAUCAGGUAAUGUAUAUUCUGUCACAGCUGGCUUUCUGGAUGAUGAGGUUUCCAAAGGGCACCGUGAACUUGACUGGCUGUCACAAUGCGUAUACGGAGAUGAAGUGCUGUGCGCUUGGGUCCCAUUAUGCUGAUCGCACUGCUGUCUCUACUACCAGUUAGUAAGGGCUAGAGGGGGGGUGAGUUUAGGGCAGAAAGCAACAAAGAAGGGAAAUCUGGAGGGAUAUGCUUUAAGUUUCAAGAGGAACUGAUUCCUUUAGCAAUAAUGUCUUUCCACUUGCCUCAGACACCACACCUGGGGAGUGCAGCCCUAAUUCGACUUUCAGUGUGAUGAAUUUCAUUUGGAAAACCUAACGAGAAAUUAAGAAUGAAAAUGGUCAUAUUUCUCUGCCCAUAGGGUGAACCAAAUAAGACGCACAUUCCUCGUUAAAUGUACCAGAAACGCAUGUUCUUGAUAGAAGGCCAGAAUCAACAGUAGCAAUGCUUACAAAGUUGGCUGGCACCUGAGACACGUGACCUUGGCCUUCUUUACAAACAGAAUGAUGAGUUGUUGUUUUUUUCCAUGCUCUGUCUUGUCACAUGGUACGGGUACAGACAUUCAACUUCCGAGAUUAAUUUAUAGAAAUGUCUUCAUCUUAUUUUCUUCUGGGUACAGUAAGUUUGGGUAUGGAAUAAUUUAUCCACUAAAUGUCAGUUUUCCAAGUUUUUGUAGAUAAAAUUAUGUUAUUAGCUAAUUAUAAAUUUCAUAGAGUAAUUUAGCAAUAUAUUUUUAAAUGAAGAUUUUUUUAUAUAAGUGUUUCUACUAUAAACAUGAAGAAAUGAUGCCUGAAGUCUUUGUUCCAACUGCUUAUACUUGUUUAGCUCUCACUGUCAUUAGAUGGAGCCUUUGGCAACGUGGUUCCAAUAAUACUGCUUUGUACAGUUACUAUUUCAGAAAUAUAGUAAUGUUGAAUGGUGCUCAGAUUUAAGGCUCUGUCCUCACUGGUGAGCCUGAGAAUCGUCCAAAGUUCUUUUCCCUUUCAGGAAGACUGAAGAAGACAGUGCAGAGCUCAUCCUGCCCUGGUUGGCACCACAGCUGGGUUCAGGAUAACGGUUGUGGGAUUCUGGUGGGAAAUGAAAGAGAUGUCUGGUCAGGUGCUCUUCACAGUUAGGAUGCGCUUCUGCUGCAGAGAGAUUUACGUCACAUUUUCUUCCCCCCCCCCGGGCCUCACCUGUGACAUUAUGUGAGAUAAUUUCUCUUUACUAAAAUAGCAUUACAGGUGCAGUGUUUGAUAUCUAGAUUUGUAGAUAAAAAAAAAUCUAUGGUUUUUGGUGCUGUUAUUACCUUUUAUUAUGUUUCUUUGCUGGCUCAAAUUCAAAACAAGCAUAUAAAAUGACAUUAUAAAUUGUAUAAAACAUGAAGGAUUUUGAAUAAGCCUGUAAGCCUAGGGAAGGUGGUACAGGUGUGGAAUUUUUAAAUAUUUCAGGACUGAUACUGUCUCCUCCUUUUCUUUAUGGAAUCUGGGAAAUAUUUCCCGAUUUUUGUUAAAAAACAUUUAAUUAUUUCAGUAUUCCAAUAUUUAUUAUCUCUGACUCUUUACAAAAGAUUGCUUUGAACAUAGGAAGAAAUUCUAUAUUGCUUUCUAAUUAUGUAUGGAAGUUUUAUGUAUAGCAAACUAAUUUCUGGUAAAUAAGACCAUUAUGGUUUUUUUUUUUUUAAUUAAACAGGAUCUUCAUUUCCUUAUGCUUAAAAAGAGUUAUUCCCUAAGUUAUCUGCCUGUGAUUUUUCUGUAGUUUUUCUAGCCAUUCCCUAAAAACAGAAGACAAAGUAUUUAGAGCUCCUUACCAAUUUUUAGUGGGUUUUUAAUUGAUGGCUUUAUUAAUUCUGCAUCCAGUGCCAAACAAGUGGGGUUGAGCGUAAAAAUGUGAACAUGCUGGUUAAGUGUUUGGAAUAAAUCAUUUGUCAGCCCUUUCAACUAGAGUGUCUCUUUUCUUAUGUAAACAGUAUAAUUUGUACAAUUCUCCUUCAAGUUCAAUACCGACUUGCCUCAUACAUUCCAUGUUACUUUGCUGAUCUAUACACAGGCUUUAGCACUCUGGAGGGGGGGGCACAGAACUUGUUAGUGGAAAAUCAUAUUAAGCCCCAAAUUCAUGAGCGAUAAAAUAAAAGACAGUUGUCUCUUAUGGAAUUUUGGCUGCCUGGAAUUCUGGAUUUUCUUGUUGGCAGACUUAAAAAUACUGGUGUAAAUCAGGACCAAAUGGAUAUCAAAAUUCCAUGUCCUAAUAGUAAUCAUUGAAUUGGCUUCCAAAACAGAUUCCUGGGCAAAGAAAGGGAAAAAUGCUGGAUCUUUAGGGAUUUGACCAUUUAAUUGUUUUUAAAAAUAUGAAAAUGUACUAUACACCACUGGUAUGUGGACAUAUUUAGUCUACAAUAGAUGUCCAAUUGAGACAGUUCCUUUACCCCGCCCUAAGCUCUCCAGAAGUCACAGUGAUGAAAACUGAUUAUUAAUUUUAAAGUUAAUUCCAUCCAAACAUAGGCUCUGUUACUUUUGGUUCUCUUGAUUAAGUACAAAAACUAAAAUAAAAAGCAAGACAUAGUACAUAACUACAGAUCUGAGUUCAAAGCCAUGGAUUACAUGGAGUAACUGAUACUGCUGGGUUCACCUCUGAUAGUAUAGACAAGCUCAGGGGAUUUGUCUCCACAGUAGUAUAAAGCACUUUGCCAUAGCUAAGGGGAUCCAAGGUGAGUGGCUUUGCUUACGGUCCAAACCAGGUAUUCCACAUGCAACACCAGCAUCCCAUAUUGGAUUACUGGCCCAAGACACUGCUGCUCUGCUUCCAAUCCAGCUCCACUCUAAUGCACCUGGGAAGGCAGCAGAAGAUGGCCCAAGUGCUUGGGCCCCAGAGACACAGAUGGAGUUCUUGGCUCCUGGCUUUAAUUGGGCACAACCCUGGCCACUGUGGCUAUUUGGGAAAUAAACCAGUAGAUGUUAGAUAUUGCCCUGUCUCUGUAACUGCCUUAACUGCCUUUCACAUAAAUAAAAAAUUUUUUACAGCUUUGUUUAUUUGCUUGAAAGAGUUGAGGGAGAAAGAGUUCUUCCACUUGCUGGUUCAUUCCCUAGGUGGUCCCAACAGCCAGGGCAGGAACCAGGGGCUUCAUCCAGGUCUCCCACGUGGCUGCAGGGGCCCCAAGCACUUGGGCCAUCUUUGGCUGCUUUUGCCAGGCCAUUAGCAGGGAGUGGGGUCAGAAGUGAAACAGCAGGGACGUGAACCAGCAUCCAUAUGGGAUGCCAGCAAGUGGCUUUAUCUUCCAUGCCACAGAUAAAUCAAUGUUUUAAAAAAUGAAAAGCAAUGGUUUUAGGAGACAGGUAAAGAACUAGAAGAAUAAGGAUUUGAAAAAGCCAGGUUAACGUAUAAAGUCUUUGCCGAGUCCUCUGUCCUUCAAGAUUUGCCCUGGAAGAAUCCAUUCUUCAUUUUUAUCCCUCCCCCAGCCUUUCUCGCCAUUGUGUGAAAAAUUUAUCGAGUUGUGAACCUAAAUAUAUUUGACAAUGCACUAGAAUAUAUUUGACCCUGAAAACUUGAUUUAUUGCAUUUUUUGGUUGUUUUGUGUGUGUGUGUGUUGGCAAAUUUCAGAAAGAAAAAGUAAAUAGAGUUAUCUUGCCUUAUAUUUCACUUUCUAUAACUUGAGCAUUUUAAGUAGCUGAUUUUGCACAUUUGAGCAAGUAAAGGAAGUUCAGAAGACAUUUGGAAUAGAAUAUGGACUUCUGGUAUCUAAUCUUCUUGG